AUGUACACGGGCGCCACGCUGCGCUUUACCCGCGGCCCGUACUACGCGCCGUCGCCGGACGUUGUCGCCGACAAGGGCAUGACCCGCGAGGACAUUGAAGCGCGCAUCCACCGCAUCCAUUGUGCUCAACGAGUCUUGUGGGACUGCGGCGAAGAAAAGUACAAUUUUGAUUCGCAAGACGUCGACGACAUGGCUCUGGUCUUGAAGGCGUGUGUGGUCACGACCCUCGAGGAGCUCUCGGCCGCCGACACGACCCGUCUCGACAAGCUGGUUCGCCGCGUCCACAUUUUUUCUCCAUACCGCGAACGCGACAUGUGCGAGGCUUUGGGUCUCGGCCGCAAGCCGUUCUGCGCGAUCACCGACGCAGAGAAGAUUCCGCUGCGUUUCUUGAUCGGCUCCGAUUGGAAGGAUGUCAAGUCGGUCGCCGACGUUGCUUGUAGCGUCAGCGAAGCACAGAAGCGCCACCAGAGAACGCUCACGCUUCUCGGUACACGCUGCGACGCGACUGCCGAGACGUGA